GGGCCGAGCCCGGUUCUCCCGGUCCCGCCGCGCCCGCCCGCGCCCGCGCCUCGCCGCGCGCCAUGGCCGCCGCCGGCGGGCUGCUCCUCCGCGCUGCCGAGUCCCCGGCCGCCGCCGCCCCCGAGGCGCUCUCGGGACCCCGCCGGGCCCAGGCGAGGCGGCAAGCAGAGGCUACCAAAAGAAAGUACCGAGCAUCCAGUGAGGCUCCCCCAGCGAAGCGGUGGAACGCGGCGGCGUUUCUCCCAGCCAAGAAAGCUGCUGCCGAAGAAGCACAAAGGACUUUUAAGGGGAAGGCACAGAAAACAUUUUCUCCGAAUGAACCUUUGGUUGGUGUGAGCGGUAAAAACCGAGAGCAGAAACCAUGCAUUAGGACUUCUUCGUUAUUUAAAAACAACCCCGAAAUUCCAGAGCUCCACAGACCUGUAGUAAAGCAGGUGCAAGAACAGGUGUUCACCUCAGACGCUUUUCACCAGCUGGACCUCCACCCACAUUUAAUUUCCACAAUAAAUACGGUCUUAAACGUGACUAGCAUGACCAGCGUUCAGAAGCAAAGUAUUCCCGUGUUGCUGGAGGGCAGAGAUGCUCUGGUGAGGUCUCAGACGGGCUCAGGUAAAACGCUUGCCUACUGUAUCCCUGUGGUCCAGUCUCUUCAAGCAAUGAAAUCAAAAAUACAGCGCAGUGAUGGCCCCUAUGCCCUGGUGCUGGUGCCAACGAGAGAGCUGGCUCUGCAAAGCUUCAACACUGUCCAGAAACUGCUUAAGCCGUUCACCUGGAUCGUGCCUGGGGUGCUCAUGGGCGGAGAGAGGAAGAAAUCCGAAAAGGCCAGACUCCGCAAAGGAAUAAAUAUCCUUAUCUCGACUCCUGGGCGACUGGUGGAUCAUAUCAAAUCCACAAAGAACAUUCAUUUUAGUCGGAUACGGUGGCUGAUUUUGGAUGAAGCAGACAGAAUCCUGGAUUUGGGUUUUGAAAAGGAUAUCACAGUGAUACUCAAUGCCGUGAAUGCCGAGUGCCAGCAACGACAAAACGUGUUGCUGUCGGCCACACUCACAGAAGGUGUGACGCGGCUGGCUGAUAUCAGCUUGCUCGAUCCGGUCCGGAUUUCUGUCCUGGAUCAGUACCAUGGGCAGUCUGACCCGGAGCGAGGCACACUUCCCCAGGUUCCCCCUCUACCACCUGACGAUGAGCUGGACAGCUUCGCGAUUCCAGGAAGUCUUGAUCAGCAUGUGACACUGGUUCCCAGCAAACUGAAGCUCGUCUCCCUGGCGGCCUUCAUCCUGCAGAAGUGCAAGUUUGAGAAAGACCAGAAGAUGAUCAUCUUUUUCUUGAGCUGUGAGCUGGUGGAGUUCUAUUACCGCCUCUUCCUCCAGACCCUGCCAGCCUGCUCAGGGGCCCCCGCGUCACGGCAGCCACCAUCUGCCUCCACGAGAUUCAAAUUCCUGCGGCUGCACGGCAACAUGGAGCAGGAGGAAAGAACAGCGGUGUUUGAAGAAUUCUCACAUUCCAAGACCGGCAUCCUCCUCUGCACGGAUGUUGCAGCUCGGGGUUUGGAUCUCCCUCAAGUCACGUGGAUUGUUCAGUACAACGCUCCGUCUUCGCCUGCUGAAUACAUCCACCGGAUUGGGAGAACCGCCCGGAUUGGCUGCCAUGGGAGCAGCCUGCUCAUCUUGGCUCCUUCGGAGGCAGAAUAUGUCAACUCGUUGGCUUCUCACAAAAUCAACGUGUCUGAGAUUCACGUGGAAGACAUUUUGUCUGUUCUGACAAGGGACGAUUGUUUGAAAGGGAGCCGACGGGGACCUCAGAAAUCCCGUGCCACUGGCCCCCAGGAAAUCCGACAGCGAGCCACGGUCUUGCAGACGGUAUUUGAAGAUUACGUGCACUCCAGUGAGAGGCGGGUCUCCUGGGCAAAGAAAGCUCUGCAGUCCUUCAUUCGAGCCUAUGCAACCUACCCCCGGGAGCUGAAGCACAUCUUCCACGUCCGAUCGUUGCACCUUGGUCAUGUGGCUAAGAGCUUUGGGCUGAGAGAUGCCCCCCAAAAUCUUGGGGUCUCGGCUGUAAAGAGAAGAAAAGGAAACCUGAACAGGCCUGACCUUCGUAAGAAGACCCGGGGUAAACACCGCCUUGCUGAAAUCCUGCGUUCAGAAUACUCAAGUGGGAUUGAGGCCAGCGUCGCCAAGGUCAAAAAGCAAAACAAACACGCGGUGCCCGGCAGCCAGCCAUGCAGAGCCAUCCGCACCGGGCGCCCAGCCUCGGCCGUGGGAAAGCAGAAGAAGCGCCCUCCGUGCAACGGAAAAACCCAGAGAGACUGACCGGGGGCCGAGACUUCCCAAAAAAGUUUUUCGCUUUUUUGUUUUCAACUCUGCCUCCACAGGCCUGGGGCUUGGGGUGGAUCCUGGAGGCCCGGAGACCCGGGCUGACGGCCCUGUUCUUGUCAGGAGCAUUGUGGGAAAGCCUGGUGCCGCCCCCCCCCCCCCCCCCCCCUUGCCCUGAAGACAAGCCCCUGACCCAGAGAAGCCAGGCCCCUUAUCCCGUGGGGGGCGGGGGUCAGCAGAGUGUAGACCAGCCAAUCAGUGCACCAGAGCCGCACCUCCCCCCCACCCGCAGCCUCCAGCAAGAGCCUGGUGGUGUGAGUGGCAGCGGGAGGGCCGCGUCCUGCCUCCUGGUGACAGUGUUCUGAAGGUGUCUCCAAGUUUUACUUUAGUUGCCCCAUCAACACAUUGCUUAACACGAAUUUUAUAAAAUAGCGUUUUUAAAACUGGGAUGCAGUUUGCUAAAGAAGAGGGUAAAGGUCAACACGUUUUCUCGAUGUACAAGUGCUUUGUUCAGAGGGCUGACUGGUUUUGGCGUGGGUCGGAAGCCUCCGGGUCCGUCCGCAGGCAGCUCCAGGCCCCACAUCGCAUUCACGUGCCCGGCCGCCUCUUUUAUGUCCACGGAAAACUUCCUGUCUCGUGGCUGAUGGAUUUACUGGUGCCUUUUUUAUUUAUUUAUGCUUUUUACUGUUGCCUUUUUAUUCUUUGCCUUUGAAGUCAAAAGGCACCAGUCUCCUGAGCAUUUUCUCCCAUCGAGUCCCAUCUUGCCUUCAAGUCUGGGGUCCGGGGGUCCUUGUAGUGUGGCCCAGGUCACAGCUGCCCCUCCCCCACUGUGUUGCCCCGGGGGUUUGAAAGGGCGCCCCCCCCCCCCCCCCGGGGCGGACAGGUUGCCAGAUUUGGACGCGGGGAUUCCAGAGGCGUCCGAAGGAGAAGGGCCAGAGCUCAGCACCUCUGUGCCGGGAGGUGCUUUGUUCUCUACACCUUCUCGGGAUUCCUCGUCUUCCAACUCCUGUGAUGGAUGAUGAGGCCCCCACUUCAGUAACCAACCCUCCAGAUGCACAGGAACCAAGCGGCCGGGAGCGGAUGAGAGUGCUGCGAGAUGGGCCGUCUGCAGGGUCCACAGAGGGGCCAGCGUCCUUGCCUCCGACCCUCUCUGGCAGUGGAGGGUAGCUCGCACCGACACCAGAGGCCCCAGGGAGAGGGCGAGUGUGAGUCCAGUGAGCACUAAUCUUCUGCGGGAGGGAAAAUAUGACCUUCUCACGAGGGCUGUCACAUACGAAUUCUUAGGGACGGUUGGUGAAGUUUCUAACAACAACAACAGUAAUAAUAAAGCCUUGUAGCACUUGUCAAGCGGA